CUGAGCUGCACAGAAUCAUAAGGAUUGCAUUACUUUCUUUGCGUUUCUUCAGCUCAAGCAUUCUGUUAAAGUUCCUUAAUCAGUACAGCUGACAAACAGGGGCAUUUUUAUUUUUCGGAAAAUGAUCACCACUACAUUUUCAAGGCUCGGAGAAUAACCUAAUUGAAAACCAAUGUCUGAAUAGUAACUGAAGUCUGGCAACUUAAGCUGAUUAAGGAGAUUUGGCAGGUGAGUGAACUCUGCCAGGACCUGUAUUCAUGUAUGACCCAGAAGAGUGUCUCCUAGAAUCAGCAAUCAACAACUGAGAAAGUCAGCUGUGGGAAAUUCUCCAUGAAUGUACAUGACAAUGAUGAUGAUGACAGACCAAAUCCCGCUGGAUCUGCCAGCAUUUCUGAGCACGGAUGUAUCCAUGAUGCCUCACAUGGUGAAUAGCGAUGGCUCCCAGCAGGUCAUCUUGGUCCAAGUAAAUCCAGGUGAAACUUUCACUAUAAGGGCUGAGGAUGGAUCUUUGCAGUGCAUCCCAGGGCCUGCAGAAGUGCCAAUGAUGUCCCCCACCGGUUCCAUUCCCCCAAUACAUGUACCACCUGGUUACAUUUCACAGGUAAUAGAAGAUAAUAUGGGGGUCCGCAGGGUAGUGGUACUACCCCAGUCUCCAGAGUGCUACACCACAAAUUAUCCCUCAGCACUUUCUCCAACUCAUCACUUACCUCCGUACUUCACCCACCAGCCGCACAUCAUUCAUAGCUCACAUGCUGCUUUCUACCCUCCUGGACCUGGAGAUAUCCCACCCCAAUUCUUUCCACAUCAUCUCACACCAACUUUAUAUGGAGAGCAAGAAAUUAUACCACUAUAUGGGAUGUCCAGUUACAUCAGCAGAGAUGAUUACUCUACCAAACAUCAGCACAAGAUGUUCAAAGAGAGAAAACUUGAACGUCAGAACAGACUAAAUAGUCCCCCUGCAUCGAUUCAUAAGAAUCAGCUUGGCUCUUUCCCAUUUAUGUACAAUGGCUAUGGAAAAGUUACAAGUGGAGCAGGAGGAGGUGGGGGAGGUGGUCCGGGGAUUAAAAAGACAGAGCGCAGAGCAAGAAGCAGUCCAAGAUCUAAUGAACAGGAUUCUCAAGAGUUUGACUUAGAAACAAAAAGGGUCCAAGACACACUCUCAGGAAUUGAAAAACCACAGGUUUCCGAUAUCCAGGCAAGAUCAGCUUUACUUCAUUGGUCCCCACCAUCAGGGCUUUUAAAUGUGGACAGACACUUUAAUGGCCAGCCUACUACAUGUACCUAUGAAGUUGCCUUAUCAGACAAAGGGAAAGAUGGAAAGUAUCGCAUUUUCUACAGUGGAGAAGAAUUUAAAUGCUCUUUGAAGGACUUGAGGCCGGCAACAGACUACCACGUCAGGGUUUAUGCUGUUUACAAGUCAGUAAAAGGAGCCUGUUCAGAACCUGUUAGCUUUACCACUCUUAGUGCUGCACCAGAAGCCCCUAUGUCACCAAAGAUGACAACUAGAACCAGAAGCUCCCUUACUUUACAGUGGAAAGCUCCCAUAGACAAUGGGUCCAAAAUCAACAGCUUCGUUUUAGAAUGGGAUGAGGGAAAAAGAAAUAGUGGUUUCAGAGAGUGUUAUUUUGGGAACCUGAAGCACUGUAAAUUAACUAAGCUGUGUUCUGCCAUUGGAUACACCUUCCGGUUAGCUGCUCGUAAUGACAUAGGUACUAGUGACUUCAGUCCAGAAGUAAUAUUUUACACAGCAGGCAAUAUCCCCCAAGCUCCAACAGCACCGCGACUUGUACGAGCAGGAGUCACGUGGGUAACGUUGCAGUGGUGUAGGCCAGAAGGAUGUACAACUGACGAAGUUAUCACCUACACAUUAGACAUGCAAGAAGAAAAUAAUGAUAAUGGAUUUCAUCCAAAGUACACUGGUGAAGAUCUAACUUGUACUGUGAAGCAUUUAAAAAGAAGCACACAAUAUAAAUUUAGGCUAAGUGCCUCAAAUGUAGAAGGAAAGAGCAAUCCUAGUGAAGUUUUAGUCUGUACUACAAGUCCAGACAGGCCAGGACCUCCAUCAAGACCGUAUAUCAAUGGACUUGUCACACCACAUGGUUUCACUGUUAAAUGGGAUCCUCCAGAAGAUAAUGGUGGUUCUGAAAUCUUGAAAUAUCUUUUAGAAAUCUCUGAAGGAAGUACAGACUCAAACCAGUGGGAGAUGGCCUAUAGUGGUGCUUUCACUGAACACACAUGUACGCACUUGAAACCCGGCACUUUGUACAGACUCCGGACAUGCUGUAUAAGCACAGGUGGACACAGUCAGUGUUCAGAAAGUCUGCUUGUUCGCACACAGUAUAUUGCCCCUGGUCAGUGUCUACCUCCACGGAUUGUGGGUAAAGUGAAGCACAAAGAAGUACGAUUACAGUGGGAAUGCCCCUCAGAAUUUAACUGUGAAGUGACAGAGUACAGCCUGGAAAUGAAUGAAGUGGAUAAAACUGCUUCCGAGGUAUACCUGGGCUCUGACCUGGAGUGCACUGUCAGUAGCCUUCUUCCAGGAACAACGUACUAUUUCCGAGUGAAAGCAAGGAAUGAUGGAGGGUAUGGACCAUAUUCUGAAGCCACAGAGGUUACAACAGCUGCAGGGCCUCCAACCCAGUGCAGAGCACCUGUAAUCAUGGUCAGGUGUCAUUCAUGUGCAUUUGUAAGUUGGGAGAGUUUGGAGUGUUCUGGAACAGAUAUUUCAGAGUAUCGGUUGGAAUGGGGUGAAAGGGAAGAAUGUUUACAACUCGUUUACUGUGGUACAGAAAAUAGUUUCGAAAUUAGUGGCUUGUCACCAGCAAAUCAUUAUUGUUGUAGACUUCAGGCAUUAAACCAAGCAGGAGCAGGACCUUAUAGUGAGCUGGCAACCUGCACUACCCCAGGAACUGUCCCUGAUGCACUUUCCACACUAUUUGUGCUUGAUGCUGACAAUAUGGACACUAGCCUUUAUUCACCAGCAACGUGCCUUGCACUGAGAUGGGAGGAGCCGUGUAGUAAUGGUUCUGAGAUAAUUUUCUAUAACAUUGAUCUGGGAGAAAACUGCAUAACUGCUCCAAAAGCAACAUCUUACAUAGUUGAAGAUUUAUUUCCAGAUACCUCCUACAGGAUAAGAAUCCAGGCUGUGAAUGAAGUUGGAGCUGGUCCAUUCAGCCAGCCUGUAACAGCAAAGACAAGACCAUUGCCUCCAUCACCUCCUCGGCUAGAAUGUGCUGCAGCUGGUCCCCAAAGCCUCAAAUUAAAAUGGGGAGAAAGCAUUGCUAAAGUGAAUAGCACAGAUGACAUGUUAUAUGUUCUUCAAGUUGAAGAUAAGAAUGGAAGAUUUAUUCCCAUUUACAGAGGUCCGAGCCACACCUACAAAAUGCAGCGGCUAACAGAAUUUACAUGUUAUAAUUUUCGUAUCCAGGCAGUAUGUGAAUCAGGAGAGGGGCCUUUCUCUGAGACCUAUACAUUCAGUACAACAAAAUCUAUUCCUGCAAUGAUCAAGGCCCCACAAGUGGUACAGCUAGAAGGAAGUACGUGUGAAGUCAGUUGGGAAGCUUCCCAGCCCAUGAAAGGAGACACCAUCAACUAUAUUCUCCAGGUGGUGUUUGGGAAGGAGUCCGAAUACAAACAGGUAUACAAGGGAGAGGACACAACAUUCCAGCUCUUAGGCCUUCAGGUCAACACAGAGUACAGAUUCCGUGUGUGUGUCUGUCGACGAUGCAUGGAUACCUCACAGGAACUCUGUGGGCCCUUCAGCCCAUCUACUGCCUUCACUUUAAGACGUAAUGAGCUUGCAGCUACAGGUGAACUUGGAACAACAGAAGUAAUGAAAAUUAGAAGUAUAAGGCCCACCGAUGAACAGUUUGCAGCUCUUCUCGUGUUUGGGUUUGCAACACUCUCGGUUUUGUUUGCCUUUAUUUUGCAGUACUUCUUUAUGAAGUAAGGACCCCAUGAAAAUGAUGUGUACACUUAACUAAUGCUACGCAUUAUAAUCAAAGCAUUUAUUCAAAAAUUCCUUUUGAAGUCUAUUUUCCUACAUUUUGUAUAUUCCUUUUAUGAGUACAUGUGAGAAAAAGUCCACAAUGUGAUGCACCUUUUUGGAAUAUAAGGCUAAAAUAUGAAAAUGGAAUUAUAUGCAAAAAGAGUACAACAGUUUUGGUAUGUGUUGUGAUUUUACAUAACAUAUAAACUAUUGUAGUAAAUAUAUGUUGCCUUUAUAUUUUAUUAUUAAUGUUCUGUAAUUUGUUCUUUAAGUUAGUACAUUAGAAUAAUAAAUUACAUCUUUUAUUUCAUGUUAAUCUUCAUUUACAGUAUCUAAGCUGCUGUAGCAUCACUGCAUAAUCGCUGACCAGCUGUACUGAUAGCAUAACUUUACUCUUUUGACCAGUGUCUUACAAUCAUAACAUUAUCACUGUAUUAGUUACUUUUCCCACUAGGAUCUUUAUGUGGCAGCCAAGCUUAUUCUAAGCAAAGCUCCACUUCUGUCAUCUUGCACAUGUAAUGAAAAAAACAUUUGGUUGGGAUUUUAUAGCUCCAAAACCUCUACCCAGCAUUGUAUUAAAAUUUGCUUUUUUUCCAUUCUUUUUAUGAAGAUUAUAUUUUGUACUGUAAUAUUAAUUGGAUCUUAAUGUGGGAUAGCACAAUCCAUUUUUGAUAAUAAGAUGCAGUGGUUUAUUCCUAGUAGCUAUUUCAGUCAAGGACUGUGUUAUGGUCAUUUGUACAAAAAAAGAGUUCUGGCCUUCCUUUUA